CCCCAUGCGCAAGCUCGCGAGCAUCUGCUCUUUCACUCGGCAUCUCUUUCUCCUGCUCUCUGUGAAACAGAAAAACCAUUAAUCCGAGACUGAAGAGGGAGCCUUGAACUUUUGGUUCAGAAGAGAUCGUGUACACACACACAUAUAUAUAUAUAUAUAUAUAGAUAUAGAGGCAGGCCCACCCAGAGGGCCAGAACCCCUCCAACAGAAGCCUCACUGAAACCAAUCUGAAAAGGCCUGAAACAACUCCAACUUAGGAAAUUAUUUCUUGGGAUUCGUUCCCUACGAAGAUCUCCAACAUGCCCUUUUUUUUUUUAUAAAGAAAUUAUUUUGGGAGUUCUCGUGGGCUUUUGGUAGGAUUUAUUACGAGUGGACUUGAAAAAUCAUUAAAGUAAAAUAGAACGAGUCAUUGGCGGCUUGUUUUAAUCUGUGACUUUAUGUACAGGAGAGGGUCGAUCAUUACUUUCUGUUGUUCCUGGUCCUCCUCACUCCUUCAGUACUUUUGUAAAAAGCAAGGAAGUUUACCAAGUAUUUUUACAAAUUUGAUAUUGAAGUGUGUUGCCUUUUCCUUUCGAGAUUAUAAUAACCAGAUUUUUUAAUUGUUGGUUACCAAAUAAUUGAAGGGAUUAUUUGAUUUUCCUUCUAGCAAGGAAGUCUAUUUUGGAUGUAUUGAUAUCAUGUUGCAUUGACCCACUUGUGUGUGUGUGUGUGUGUGUGAGAGAGAGAGAGAGAGAGGCAUAUAUCAAAUGAUGAACCAUGGCUUGGAGGUCAUCGUCGUGGGAGAGAGAGAGAGAGAGGCACAAAUCAAACGAUGAACAAGGCUUGGAGGUCAUCAUCACUCUUAUCUGAACCUCUAUUUCUGAUGAGAUGUAUCUGAUCUUUCUUUCGAGGUUGGCUUUCAUGGCAUACCAUGUUGGCUUAUUAAGAGAAGAAUUCUGAGAAGAAGCCACUCCUUCCCCCAUCACCAAGCCACUUCCGUCCACCACCACCAACACGUACAAAUACGUACGUCCACUUCUGCUCUCCAACCACGCAGUCCACUCUUCCAUUACCGAGUCCACAUGCAACUGUAAUAUAAACAUCGAAAGAAGAAUUUUAUUCCAUGGCUCGCGAACGGUGUGAAGAUAAAUCCGGGAACAUGGUUUCUUCAGCUGGCUUUUGUUACUCAGAUGUUUCAUCAAGUAACCCGUCCAUUCAGGCUCAUCUGGCGAACCAGAUCCAAGGCUUUGAGUCCAACCCAGAGAUAUUCAACUUGACCACGGGCAUGGAGAUGAUAGGGUUUUCAAAGAAUCUACAACAACCAAGUGAUCACAGUAACUCAGUCAUGUGGAAAGAGUUCUUUGGCAAGUCUCAAAGCCGCCCCGGUCCAUCCUCGUCAAAUACGAUCAACGAAUCCACGAGUGAUUUUUAUCAGCAGGAGUACAAUAAGCCUGAUUUCACAACUGGUAUUUCUGAAACAAGUAGUGGGAAACUUGUAGUUGGAGCGCCACACGACUCUGGAGCUUGGCAAGAGAACAGAUUGCUCGUUGAUGAUUCUUCUUUAAGGUGCGUGUUUCCUUGUGAAGGAAAUGAAAGGCCAAGUCAAGGCCUAUCACUCUCUCUUUGUUCAAGCAAUCCUUCCUCUAUUGGGGUGCAGUCCUUUGAGCUAAGGCACACCAAUCAUCGCCAUCAAGACCAACAUGAUGAUUUGAGGUUCAUUGCUUCGAGCUCUAGAGAUGGGUUUUGUGGAAAAUCAUCAACUAUCCAACAGGAACAAAUAAGGCAAGAUGGAUCUUUAGUAAAAGCUUCAACUCUUCAUCAAGGUCAGUUCCAGCUCAGGAACUCAAAGUACUUGACCCCUGCACAGGAACUUCUGAACGAGUUCUGUAGCCUUGGGACAAAGCAAACUGAUCCACUGCAGCAAAAGGCCCACAAGGCCAAGCAGUGGAAUGAGGAUACUGGCAGUAGUUCUUCCAGAAAGCAGGCUCUUUACUCCCUCGAAUACAUGGAGUUGCAGAAAAGAAAAACAAAACUACUUUCGAUGCUGGAAGAGGUGGACAGGAGGUACGGGCGCUACUGUAAUCAAAUGAAGGCAGUAGUGUCGUCUUUCGAAGCCGUGGCUGGCCAUGGGGCGGCGACUGUCUACUCCGCGUUGGCUUCAAAAGCCAUGUCGAGGCAUUUUAGAUGUUUGAAAGAUGGAAUUGUGGGUGAGAUUCAGGCAACCAAGACAGCCAUGGGUGAAAAGGAUACUGUUGCACCCGGUACAACCAGAGGCGAAACUCCGAGACUUAGGAUUCUUGACCAAACACUAAGGCAAGAGAAGGCGUUUCAGCAAAUGAACAUGAUGGAGAGCCAUCCAUGGAGACCCCAACGCGGCCUUCCUGAGCGAUCCGUUUCUGUUCUACGAGCGUGGCUUUUUGAGCAUUUUCUCCACCCGUACCCAAGCGAUGUUGAUAAACAUAUCUUAGCCCGCCAAACAGGUCUCUCAAGGAGCCAGGUAUCCAAUUGGUUCAUCAAUGCAAGGGUGAGGCUGUGGAAGCCCAUGGUGGAAGAAAUGUACGUGGAAGAGACAAAAGAGCAUGACAACAACUUGACUUCCUCAGAUGGUGUUACAGAUCUUGACGACAAUAUUGGCCGGAAAAAUCAAACGCGACUCGAUCAGGAUAAAAAACCUACGCAGGACCAACUUGUUCGAAUAGACUCUGAGUGCCUCUCUUCCAUCAUCAAUACCAACCAAAACAAAAAUGACUCUAAAACCAGUACUAAAACCCUGCAAAAUGAUCAUCACCAGAUCAUGUACCAACAACAUGAUUUCGGGCGGGUCACAGCGGAGACGUAUGGGGCUAUGGAGCUGGACUUUUCAUCUUACAAUAAUCAACCCUCGGCAGGAGCGGUUUCUUAUGCUAAUAACAAUGCUAAUCAGAGUUUCAACGGUGGUGGAGUGUCUUUGACAUUAGGGUUAAUGCAACAGCAUGGUGGGAGUGGGGUGAGCUUAGCCUUCUCGCCCGCCUCUCAGAGUUCUCUGUUUUAUGCUAGAGAUCCCAUUGAAGAAUGCCAAACAGUUCAGUACUCGCUUCUUGACAGCGAGGGACAGAAUCUUCCAUACAGAAACUUGAUGGGAGCGCAGAUGCUUCACGACUUGGCUGGAUAGAAUCAAAAUCAUGCAUGCAGAAAAUUCGAUGGUUGGAGGGUUUAGAGAAAGAGGUUUUUAUCAACGUACGGACGGUAAAUUGGUGAUGCAUGGUAGUUGAAUUGUUUUAGGUACAUAUAAAUACUUCAUACAUACAUAAGUUAAGCUAUAUAUACGUGGUCAGAUAAUAUAUGAAUAUGAUGAUCACCUCCAUGCAUGGCUAGCAAUUUUGCUAGAAACUUUUCUUGGCUGAAAGAACUAAGAUCAACACCUUUUUCCCUUAGGCUAAUUUCAGUUUGCUGGUGAUUGAUCAUGCAAAUUAAGAAUAUUGCAUGUAGAUGAAAUUAAUUCCUUUCCAGUUUUCGGCA